AUGAAAAUUUGGACUCCAUCAGAAUGGUUAAGUCCGGAACGUGGGGAAAUGUUGAAAUGUCAAAUGUCAGAAAUUCAGGCGACGUUGGAAAAGUUCCUCUCCAGGACCCUACGAGAGCCCCUUAAAGCGGGGAAAGGGCUGAUCUUCAAAGACCUUCUGCGGAAGAUGCUGAACUCUUCUGAAGUAAAUCAACUCAGGCCGCAGCCAUGUUCUCGGCACGCAGGGACCCUGGGGGGGAUCAGGCGAAGUGAACAGCUGCUAGUUGUCGAUUUACAGCAAUGCUAUAAAGCUGCUUAUUUGAUGCAUCUCUCCUGGGAAAGUCGAGAACUCAAUUUUCCUUCCAAAACAGUCAAAUUGGGUAACAUUCUCCAAGUCCACUGGUUGCAGGAUGUCAGAGCGAUGCUGAACUUUCCAAACCCAAUCUUUGCUUUUUGUGGGCGUGGAGAAAGAAUUGACGGGUUUUCUGUAAAGGAUGGGGAUUGGUCUGGUUUCAGCCUUGUGAAAGAUUUACAAAGGGAGGAACUGGUGCUGAUGGCUGGGGCAGGGUGCAGGAAGACACAGGGCUGUGCCCUGCCCGGCUGGGACCCCCCUGCCCCUCCGGACCGGCCAUCUGCGGCCUCGACCCUCCCUCAUCUCACCACGGCCGGCCAGAGCUCCCCCAGGGUCCCCCCGGCCCCCUUGCCCCGGGCGCGCUUCGGGGACCUGCAGGUGGGCAUCUGCCUGGCCAUCCGGAGGAGCGAUGGCCGCAUCCACUUGGCCAUGGUCACCUCCAUCAACCCCGACCACGACAAUGUCACGGUGGAGUGGGUGGAGCGUGGGGCCUGCAAGGGCAAGAAGGUAGACCUCAACAGUAUCUUCCUUCUGAACCCUGACCUGGCCCCCACCACCCUCCGGGAGGAGCCCCCCAAAGAUGCCACCGGGUCUCUCGAGGCGUCCCUCCGACCACCCAGUCCUCCGGCCCCCCACUCGGCCAAGGGCGACCUGGUCUCUCCCGGCCAGCGCCCGGCGGUCGCCCCGCCGAAUCAGGAGGUCCCUUGCGGGGACAGCCCGGCGGUGACCCCAGCGCCCUCCACGACCUCUGCCCUAUGGAAGUGGGGCAAAUCCCAGUGUGCGCGGGAGCAACGGGACAGCAGGAGGCAGAAGCAAAGAGAGGCCCAGGCCCACAGCAACCGGGGGGCGACCAGGGCCCACCCCCACCAGGAGAUCCUGGGCAUGAUCCAGGAGUACCGGCGACGGCUGGACUGGGCCCAGAUCCCCGCCUCCAGCAGCCGUCCCACAGACGACCAUCGCAUCUGUGUCUGCGUGCGCAAGCGGCCGCUGAACCACCGAGAGCUGGCCAUGAGGGACUUGGACAUCGUGACCAUCCCCGCCGGCGACCUCGUCCUGGUGCAUGAGUCCAAGCAGAGGGUGGACCUGACCCGUUACCUGGACCAUCAGACCUUCCGCUUCGACCACGCCUUCGACGCCGCCGCCUCCAACGAGGUCGUCUACCGCCACACGGCCCAGCCGCUGGUCCGGACCAUCUUCCGUCAGGGCCGGGCCACCUGCUUCGCCUACGGCCAGACGGGCAGCGGCAAGACCCACACCAUGGGCGGCGACUUCUCGGGCCGGGCCCCAGAGGGCUCGGCGGGCAUCUACACGCUGGCCGCCCGGGACGUCUUCCUGCUGCUCACGGAGCCCAGCUACGGUCGCCUUGGGCUCAAGGUGUUCUGCACGUUCUUUGAGAUCUACGGCGGCAAGGUGUAUGACCUGCUCAACUGGAAGAAGAGGCUGCGGGUCCUGGAGGAUGGCAAGCAGCAGGUCCAGGUGGUGGGCCUUCACGAGGAAGAGGUCACGCGCGUGGAGGACGUCCUGAGCCUCCUGGAGCUGGGCAGCGGCUGCCGGACGUCCGGCCAGACGUCGGCCAACGCCCACUCCUCCCGCAGCCACGCCAUCUUCCAGAUCAUCCUGCGGACCCGGACGGGCGACUUGCACGGCAAGUUCUCACUCAUCGACUUGGCCGGCAACGAGCGGGGCGCGGACACGUCGAGGGCCAACCGACAGAGGCAGCUGGAGGGAGCGGAGAUCAACAAGAGCCUCUUGGCCCUCAAGGAGUGCAUCCGGGCCCUGGGCCGCAACAAACCCCACACCCCCUUCCGGGCCAGCAAGCUCACCCAAGUCCUGCGGGACUCUUUCAUCGGGGUCGACUCGGCCACGUGCAUGAUCGCCACCAUCUCGCCGGGGAUGACCUCAUGCGAGAACACGCUCAACACGCUGCGCUAUGCCAACAGGGUGAAGGAGCUCACGGUCGACCCGGGCACCAUGUGCCACGUCCACUCGGCUGGGCGCCGGGAGCCGGGCCCGCCGGAGGGGGCCGGGACCCCCGAGGAGCCGGACGGACGGCCGCCCACGCAUGACUUCAGUGCUCUCUGUGUCCGGGACGAGGAGGGACAGCCCGCUCCGGAGCCGGAGGCCCAAUCCCCGGCAUCGCCCUGCCGGGACUUCGGCCAGUGGCUCCGGACGGUCCUGGACACGACCCAGGGGGUCAGCUGCGAUAUCGAUUUCCGGGCGGCCGAGUUUGAGAGUGCCCUGGAGCAGAAGAUCAGAGUCCUGGCUGAAAUCCUAGCCAAAGUCAAGGGCUUCCGAGCCGACCUGCGGUAACAGCCGGGCUCCGACACGGGGGCAGGGGGCUUAGGGGGUCCAGGCCCACCCUGGUAGUUGGACCAAAGCGCCUCCCUCUUAAAACCUCCUCAAAUACA